AUGUCAGCAACCUCAAAUAGGAUCUACUGCAGCUUCAUCCGUGCAUCAAGUGGAUUGUCUAAUUUUCCCGUCGAGUGGUGCUGGUUCCCUUUCAACCUCAUAUUUAUGUCCCUUUCGACCGCUUCGUACCGAACCACUACCUGCUCCACAAACUUAGACCUAGAGGCAGAUGAGGUAGACUCUUUUGAGCAACAAAUUGAUAACCUAUUUGCUACAUCGGAGGCUCAGAAGCGCAAGGGAAGCACAACCACCAAAUUUUGGGAUGUUAAAACAAUUGAGUCCGAUGGGACAUUCAAGCAUAUUCAUCUAAGUGUGAAGGAGGUUAUGAAGCCACCUAACGGUAGAAAGAUCGUACUCAAGUUUAACAAGAGACUACAACCAGUUGGAAAUGAAGCUAGUAUACUAAGCGGCAUUUUCGGAUGGCUAGGAUCUGACUACACUAAAUCCCAAUCUGCGAGAAAGACUAGAGAUAGGUUUGCUCCAAGGACAAGAUUUAUAAUAAAUGAAAUGUUCCAUUUUGAUGAAUAUAGUGGAGGUGCUAUCAAGCGUACAAUAUUAAUAUUGCUAGGAAGGGCUUGGAAGGAAACGAGGAACAGGUUGUACCAUGGUUAUUAUAACUCAGAACUAACUAUUGAACAAAAUAUUGAAGGCCGUCCACCGGGAAUUAUGGCGGAUCAUUGGAGAUGGUACCUUGAUUAUCGCAAUAGCGAAGACACAAAGUCAAAAAAUGGUGUUUAG